AGUUGAUCACCGCGAGCUUCGACAUAUAUAGUUGAACCAAUUUUGGAAAACAAUACAUGAAAAUAAUGUACAUAUGAAUAAUGAAAGGUUCCAAACGAUGCUUCACUAUAAGCUCUUUCUAAACAAAUAUACGUAUAAUAUGAUAAUAUAUAGUAUGAAAAAGGUAAAUGGACAAUGGUAGAUAAUUAGAUAUAGAACUUGGGGGAUAUGUGCGAGUAAAGAGACAAAAAAAGACAGAAAGGCGAAGACUCGACAAAUUGGGUUUGAUGAAGUAUGAUGCCAAACUUGUGCUUGUCUCAAUACAGACAACCCCGAGAACGAGCCUCAAUGGCGUGAACCCCUUUUUAAACCUUGACAUAAUAAACUUUUUGAUUUUUUUAAUAAAAUAGUUUCUUCAACUUGUUUUGAAACUCUCACUUUUGUGUUUCGUGCUCUCUCUAUCUCAAAUACACACAUUAAUAUAUUAUACUAUAUAACAUAGUGGUAUGUAGAUAGACAUACAUAUGUGUAAGUUCAUUUUCUUUGAUAUAAAAGAAGAGGAGAAGAACCAAAAACAAAAAUAGCACAAACGAAAAACUUCUCAUAGCUAAAAUCACUUGAAGACAAUGAAGCUAAUUAGAGUCACCUUCUUGUUUUGUGCAUUGGCCUUUUUAUUGCUUAUAACUCCAACAUGUUCUCUACAACUCCAUCCUCGCUUCUCAUCUCCUAGCCAAGGUGUAAGCGAAAAGAUUGUUAUUGGAAUGGCGCCGCUACGGAAACUAAUGAUCAUCUCCAGUGAACAUGAAAAUGUGAUGAAGUCAGGUGCUCAGGAAAGUUCAAGCGAACAACCUCGAGUCACUUCUUCUUCUGGAAAAUCUAAGAAUGAAGAGAAGAGAUUAGGUGAAGAAGAAGAGGAGAAAGCUCUAUCGAAAUAUCUAUCGAUGGAUUAUCCAAGGUUUAGAAGAAGACGGCCAGUUCACAACAAGUCUCUACGUCCAUGAUUUUUUUUUGGGUUCAAUACAACUAUUAGUUUAAGCAGAUUAAUCAAUUAACUAAGAUUAAGUUAGGAUGGAUGGCUAAUAAGUGGUUGGUAUAAGAAGUUUUGGCGAUAUUAUUGUAAUUAACGGAAUGUGUUCGUGUUAAUUCUUUUUAUAUUAUGGUAAUGGCCGACAAGAAUUAAGCAAAACCCUAAGUCUCUGGUUUGGGGUUUGAGCUUACCUGCUCUUCGUUUCACGCACUGUAACAUGAUGGCUGGUUUGGUUGUAUUUUUUUAUGUUAUAUUGCAAGAGAAACACGAUG